ACUCACACCAAUCACGUCUGGUUUUCUAAACAGAAAUUAAGCAGUGCCGACUUACCACCAAUCAAUAAACUAUCACCAUACAAACAAAACACACACAGAGCAAAUAUCCGGAUGUAUUAACUCAACAUACAUUCAUUCUUACUUUAAUAGCUCAAACAUAAAAAUUCUGCCAACAUAAAUGACCAAAGAACAGAUAACUCAUAUUUUCAGUCAGACAAAAAAUUGCUUUGCUUCUCCAUGAGAGCCACUGUACAGUCACAUUGUUCACUCACUGUAUGUGUCUCCAGUUUUUCCAGCAUUAUAGGAACAACUUUGGAGGACUCUAUCUACUCUUUACAAGUGUUGCUCCUGGCUUUGCACGCCUGCAUUAGCAUCUGAACAUGACCGGUGUUUGGACCCAUGUUGCUUUGAUUGGGCGUCCACAGUAAAAUUAUUUUGUAAAAAUGAUGGUCCUAAGUGUUUUAGUUCCAGAUCAGAAAAGUGUUGGUGCCACUCUGGAACCAGUUUUCCUGGUCCCAAGUCAGUUCUUUGACUGCUGAAUGCAAAGAAUUUGUUUCAGAAUAGGCACAAGUCCUGAACCAGCACCACACAAAUAUGAUUCUGUGUUUGGUUCCUCUUCUGUGAUGACAGGUAAGGCAGUCAGUUUACAAGCAUGGGACUUAAGAUCCUCCCCUAAUAUUGACACAACAAAGAUACUUUGUACCAUACCUACUAACAAUAAAGCAAGCAAUUGAGCAAUCUGCUGUUUCACUUCCUCAUACUUUAGAGCGAGAUUCAUUUACUUCUCUCUUUCUUUACUGUAUGUCCUCAUUUGUCACUAUGUGUGCUUUCAGCUUCUUUCCGCUGCUGUGUCUGCUCCUGUUGUUUUCAAGAUCGGAUGCACUCUUUGGUUACAUUGUGGGACAUUGCCAGUUUACUUCUUCUGAUGAUCUUGUUUAUCUGGCACAAGUCUACUUCAAUAAGAAGCUUAUGGGUGAAUACAACAGCACUGUGGGGAAAUAUACCGGCUACACAGAGAAGGCGAGCGAAAUUGCAGAUGGCUUCAACGAAAACCCCAAAAUGUUGGAACAAGAAAAAAAGAAUUACGAGGAAUGCAAAACUUUCAUCCCUUUGAUCUUGGAUUUGUAUUCAAAGACAGCAAUCGAGCCCUCCAUCUCACUGCGGUCAUUUAAGGCAGUGGACAGCAAACAUCCAAGCAAGCUUAUCUGUAGCGCGUACAAAUUCUUUCCAAAACAAAUCAAAGUGACUUGGCUGAGGAACGGUAAGGAGGUGACAUCUGAUGUGACCACCACAGAGGAAAUGCCCAACGGAGGUUGGCUCUACCAGAUCCACUCCAUUCUGGAGUACACACCCAGACAAGGAGAGACUAUCACCUGUAAAGUGGAGCAUGCCAGCCUCAUGGAGCCCCAGCUCCAAGAGUGGGUACCAACACCUGAAUCACAGAGAAACAAAAUUGCCGUUGGGACUGCGGGACUGCUGCUGGGUCUGGUGAUUUUCUUUGGUGGCCUGAUUUACUACAAGAGAAACAAUAGUGGGCGGACGUUGGUGCCGACAGCUUAAGAUUUGUACAACGAGUGAAAAUGUGAAAUGAUCCAACCAUGGAAUCAGAGAAACUGAAUGAAGAAAAAGUUCUUAUAUCUGUAGGAAUAAUUUGUGUUGUUAUGUGGACUUAGUGUAAACUUUUUUUUUCUCAGUCUUGAUAUGUAUUACAAAAUGUUCAUUUUCUGUUGUACUGUACAGAUUAUGAUGAGUUAUGUGAGUUUUGUUCUUGGAAAUGUCUUAAAACCUAUACUUGAUGAUCAAAAACUCUCUUGCACCACAAACUGCUGUUAAUAUAUUCUUGCUAAUAAACAUGGAGAUUGGAGA